AUGGCCGCCCGAAUAGCUGCGCGGCUACUUAGGGCUUCCACCAGCCGUGCGUCCUCGUCCAAGCAUGCUCCGAUCCCCCUGUCCGCUCCUUCUUGCCGCGCGCCUUUCGUUCAAACUUCCCCGCCAUCUCCGCUCUCCCGCGCUUUUUCCCGCACCUCCAGCCAGAAGUCGCCAAUCUCCCAAAUAUCGUCAGCACGCACCGUUAAUUGUGGUGAUCUCGUGAUUGGCCUCGAGGCCGCACUAACAUCGCCUGCCGCUUCGCCUUCUCAUUGGGUACGCGCGUCGCCAUUCGUCGCCAGCACGCGACAGAUCGUGCGAUCGUUCGAGAUUCGCAGUGCGACGUCGCCAGCAACCACGAGAUUCAGCGACAGCUCGAUCUGCUUCGUAAGCUCGUCGCAACAACGGUGGUUGUCGUCGGAUUCAGGCAAAGGACCUGACGUCGCACCAAAAGCCUCAGAAGCGGAUACAGCAGGGGGGAAGGUGAUCGGCGAGGGGGAGCAAGCGGGGGAGAAAGUGGGGGAACAAGCGGGGGAGGAAGCGGGGGAAGCGGAGUGGGGGACGUACCGCGACAGGCGCGUGGCGGUGCGGAGCUUCAGCGGGGAGUCGCACGGCGAGGCGGUACUGGACGGGACUAUAUUCGACGUGCCUGUACGGCGAGACAUCGUGCACCGCGUGGUGUGCUGGCAGCUCGCGAAGCGGCGCCAGGGCACGCACAGCACGAAGCGCGUGGGCGAGGUGCGGGGGUUUUCCGUCCAGCAAGCCAUGGAAGCAGAAGGGCACGGGACGAGCCAGGCACGGGUCACGUCGAGGGCCACAGAUUUGCAUAAAUAUCUCUGUUUCUAA